GAGAUUCCCUCUGAUUUGUUCCAGAGUGUGGUUUUCUUCCAUAACCGACUGGACAGCCGAAGAAGCCAUAGAACUAGAAUUCAAACUGCCGAGCUACACUCCGAUGAUUGACUGGUAUAUUUAUAUAAGCAUAUACAUAAUUAUGCCCCCCCGUAAAAGAGCCGUCUUGAUUUGGUUUUCUAUCUCCUCUGCGUAUCAAAUCCUCUCACAGGCAAGCCCUUUCUUGGAUAGAGAUUUGGGAUCCGCUUCACUGUAAACCCUUCAAGGUAGGCACUGUACAAGUCAGCCAUUCUUCUUCCGGACCUACAUGUUUGAAUGAUCAUGAGCUCUACCAUGUUGAUCAAUUGCGUGGGUCAUGAUAUAUUAAAGCCUCGUAUUGAAAAGAAAUUCCAAGUGCCAUCUGGACUAAAUAUUGAUGAGGAGGAGGUGUUAAAACUCAGAAGUUUCAGCUGCUGACUAGAAUGAUGUGAACAUUGACAGUGAGGACAUGUCUCCAAGUCCAAAAGUUUUCUCAGUGGACAGAGAUAACAUGAAAAGUGAUGGUGAGCACAUGUGUAUGGGGCCAUAUGUAGCCUCUGUUAGCAAGAAUGGGGUGUAUAUUGAUGGUGAGCAUGAGUCUCAGAGCCAAAAUGGUUCAUUUGAAGAUAAAAAUGGGUCAGACAUGGACAGUGAGCAGGAGUGCCAUAGUCUAUAUGAUUCCUCCAUUGACAAGCCUGGGUUGGACAUUGAUGAUGAGCACGAGUGUCUGAGCCAGGAUGGCUCCGCUGCAGACAAAAGUAGGAAGGACGUGUAUAGUGAACAUGAGGGCCAGAGCCCAGAAGCUUCUUCCAUUAGCAAAAGUGGAUGGGAUAUUGAUGGUGACCACAAGAGCCAGAGUCCUAUUGUUUCCUCUGCGAACAAACAGGGCAUGAAUAUUGACAGGAAGCUGGAGAAUCCAGAUGUUUCAUCAGUUGGCAUAUCAGUGUCUUGUAAUUCUGUAAAAGGUCAAACCAACAUAUCUGUGAUACCAAAAAUUGGCGUGGAAUUUGAGUCAGAAGACCAUGCUUACAAGUGUUAUAAUACAUAUGCUGCCAUGGAAGGUUUCAGUGUUCGGAAGGAUUUUGUAAAUAAAAGUAGGAUCACUGGUUUGGUAGUAUCAAGAAGGUAUACUUGUUAUAAGCAAGGUCAUCGGCCUACCAAGCGUGAUGCCGGUUUGAAACAACCACGAGCGGAUACAAGGACUGGUUGCUUGGCACAUAUGACAAUUGCACGCCAACCUAAUGGAAAGUACCGUGUCACCCAUUUGGAAACAACACAUAAUCAUGAGUUUGCAACACCAUUUACAGCUCAUUUGUUACCAUCACAAAGAAGAAUAACUUUUGCUCAAGCUGUUGAGGCUGAAUCUGCUAAUAAUACCUUGAUAGAUGGGGUCCCAAAACUUGGAAUGGGAUUUGACUCAGAAGAUCAUGCUUACGAGUUUUACAAUGCAUAUGCUGGACGGGUGGGCUUUAGUGUUCGAAAGGAUUAUGUAAACAGGAGUAAAAUAGAUGGUGCUGUGGCAUCCAGAAGGUUCACUUGUUUCAGAGAAGGUUUUCGACAAAAAGACAAACGGGAUUUCAAUGUCAAGAGACCUAGAAAGGAAACAAGAAUUGGUUGCUUGGCACAACUGGUAAUUUCUCGCCAACCCGGUGGUAAAUAUCGUGUUACUCACUUUGAGGAAAAUCACAAUCAUGAGCUUGUACCAUCUUGUAUGGUUCGCAUGUUACGAUCACAAAAGAGGUCAGCCGAGGUUCAAGCUGUAGAAGUUAGUGCACUAGACUGUUCUAAGACGCAGCCAAAAUCAGCUGCUGAGUUCACAUGCCCACUAACUAGACAUUGGGAUGAUCAUAGUUUUUAUCCAAUAAACCAUAGAAAUAAUCUACCAUCCAAACGAAUGAGAGAUAUGCAGGAGGGAGAAGCAGAAAGUAUUCUUCAAUAUUUUCACGGCAAGCAAUUAAAAGACCCGUCUUUUUGUUAUGCUUUACAAAUUGAUGCAGAAGAACUAAUGACCAAUGUAUUUUGGGCUGAUGGGAAGAUGCUGGUGGACUACAGUGAUUUUGGCGAUGUGGUUUGCUUUGAUACGACCUAUAGACUGAACAAAGAUUGUCGACCUUUUGCACCUUUCAUUGGAGUGAAUCAUCAUAAGCAGGUGGUGAUAUUUGGUGGUGCACUUUUAUAUGAUGAGACUGUUGAAUCUUUUAAGUGGUUAUUCCGAACUUUUAUCGAGGCAAUGUCUGGAAAGAAGCCAAAGACAAUACUCACUGAUCAAGAUGCUAGAUUGGCUGAAGCAAUCAACUUGGAAUUGCCACAAACAUUCCAUCGCUUAUGUGCAUGGCAUGUGUACCAAAAUGCUCUCAAUCGUCUCAGCCAACUAGUUGUGAGCAUGGGUUCUUUUGCUAGUGAUUUGAGCAGUUGCAUUUUCUAUCACGAAAAGGUUGAAGACUUUGUUAAUGCAUGGAAAGUUAUGCUGGGCACUUAUAGUCUUUGGGAAAAUGAGUGGUUGCGUGAAAUUUUCAAGGAAAGAGAGAGCUGGGCCAUACCAUAUGGUAGGCAAAUUUUUUGUGCUGACAUAACAAGUGCACAACUCUCUCAGACUUUCAAUUCCAACUUAAAGAAGUACCUUAAACUUGAAUUGCAUGUUCUUCAAUUUUUCAAGCACUUUGGAAGGGCGCUGAAUGAUUGGCGUUACAAAGAAUUAGAAGCCAACUACAAUAUGAGCCAAGAUUUUCCAAGACUAAUGGGGGACGUGAUUCUGUUGAAGCAAGCAAGAGAUAUUUACACGCCCAAAAAUUUUGAGUUGUUUCAGCAAGAAUAUGAGAACUGUCUGAAUUUUGUUGUUAAUCAAUGCACUCAGAGUGCUUCUACGCUUGAAUACAAAGUUAGAAUGUAUGGGGAACAGCGUGAGCACACAGUUAUAUACAGCUCAUCCGAAGAUUCAGUUGCCUGCAAUUGUAUGAAGUUUCAGUUUGCUGGAAUUUUGUGUAGCCAUGCAUUAAAGGUGCUUGAUUAUAGGAACAUAAAGUUGCUCCCAACUCAGUACAUCUUGAAGAGAUGGACAAAAGAUGCAAGAGUUUGAUGGGAAAUAAACAUAUUGGUUGCAGUUUGCAAGGAAUCUGAUGAUUCAUUGAGGUUAGUCGGUAGAAACACCUUUUAGCAUAGCAUAGUUAAGCUGUAUGAUAUGACUGCUGAAUUGACAAAACACUUCAAUGUGGACUUUAUAAAGAGUAAUGCUGCAUGAAUUUAAAAACUAGAUUUGAUAAUCACAACCAUUGAAUAGGUAGUGA